UCACGUUUAUACAGUUUAGAUCUAUAUGUACGAUAUGAAUACCACAGAAAUCACCCCAAAAGGUCCAGUCAGUGUUGACGACUGGAAUGAGGAGAUAUCGACACGACUACUGCCAGACUCUAUAGUACUGAUGACGUACCUAGUGGUCGGUGUUCUGGGGAACUCGGCAGUUUUAUACAUAUACACGAUCCGACUUAAAGGAAACAUUGAUGACCGAUUCUUUAUUCCAGCUUUAGCGUUUGUAGACUUGAUGACGUGUACUUUAGGAACGUCGAGCAGUUUCACUGUCAAUAUGCUUCCCGUAAGGCUUGAGAGUGGGGUAGCCUGUAAGAUAAUACAUUUUUUCCCAAUGACGUUUUCGGCGGCUUCUGCAUAUCUGCUGCUGUUGAUAGCUGUAAACAGAUAUAUGAAAAUAUGUAAACCUUUCAACAAACAGAUAACUGUAUAUUGGAAAAAAGUAACAUUGAUACUCGUAGCAUGUUCUUCAGUGUUACUUUCAUGGCCAUGCUUUCUGUUCUAUGGGUCUAAGGAGAUCAUACAUGAUGGAACAAAGAUAACUGGAACACGGUGCACAAGUAUCCGCGGACCCUGGUCAACCAUAGAACCACUCAUUUUCAAAUCUGCCGUCUUUCUUGUACUCGCAGUCAUCAUAUUCGCUCUUGUAACCUUGUAUAUUCUCAUCGGAAGAACCAUUUUUAAACAGAGGAACUUUCGCAGAAAACUUUGUGUUAAUCAAACACCGAUUUCUUCGCAACAAGUAACAGAAUCGAAUGCAGAUUUCACUAUAUUAACAACAGUAAGUGUCACAAACACCCAACCUUCGUCUGAAUCAACAUCUCCAACGACGGAAGUUACAGUCAUUGCUUCGAACCAGCGUCAAAUUCACAGAGAUAGCGGUCAGAGCCCCGAGGUACGUUUGACGCUCAUAUUCAUGCUAAUAACAUUUGCGUUUGUAAUAUGUUAUGUUCCUAAAGUUGCCUUGAUGGUGUAUGAAUCUCGAAACGAACAUUUCUGGAUAGAAUUGGAUAAAGCUGAAAUGGGAGGAUACCGAUUUCUGUACACUCUUAUCUACGUCAAUAGCAUCGUCAACCCGAUCAUCUACGGCUUCUUCGACAGACGCUUCCGUCGGGAGGCGAGGGUGACACUGCGCACGUGUAAGAGGAGAUGUCUUCAAUGACUUUAAUCGGGAGGUGCUGGUGACAAUUCGUACGUGUGGGAGCAGUUUAAAGUACAUUUUGUCACUACGUGCCAGUGACAUUGCCAGCGUAUGGGAGAAUUUUUAAGUAAAUUCCAUCGGGACGUACCAGUGACAUUACACAUGUGUUGCAUCAGAACUCAUCAGUGACUUCCUAAGGGAGGGCUAGUGACAUUGUGCUUGUGUAGAAGGAAAAGUUCUCUAUUAAUUUCGCCUGGAGGCGCUGAUGAUUUUUAUAUAUUUGUAUGAUCUGAAUCUGUUUAAGUAGCCUACACAUGGAGUCUUUGUCUCAUUGAGUAGCCCAUGUAUCGAGUCAUUUUCUCAUUGAGUAGCCCUUAUACAGAUACCCAUUGUCUCAUUGAGUAGCCCAUAUAUAGAGACCCAUUAUCUCAUUGAGUAGCACCAUAUAUAGACAGUCAUUGUCUCAUUGUGUAGCCCAUAUAUACAGUCAUUGUCUCAUUGUGUAGCCCAUAUAUAGACAGUCAUUGUCUCAUUGUGUAGCCCAUAUAUAGACAGUCAUUGUCUCAUUGAGUAGCUCAUAUAUAGAGUCAUUGUCUCAUUGUGUAGCCCAUAUAUAGAGACCCAUUAUCUCAUUGAGUAGCACCAUAUAUAGAGACCCAUUAUCUCAUUGAGUAGCACCA